AUGGCCAUCAGCCCCAGAAUGAAGAGCUAUCGGCUCCUACUCCUNCUUGCCAUCUUCGCUGCUGUAUUGUUCAUCCAUCGCGAUCGUGUCGCAUAUGCUGGUUUCAAGUCAUGGAGUGCUUCCUCGAGCCUCGUCUUCGGUAAUCAUGUCGACUGGAGUCAGAUUCCCAAGCAACACACAGUUACGUCUAUGUAUGCCCUGCCCACCGGUAAACCAAAGAAGCUUCCCAAGAUUCAGUACAGCUUCCCGACCGAAUCCAAAGCUGAGAAAAUCGUGCGUGAGGAGCGACAGCAUGCUGUCCUUGAGGCCUUCAAACGCGCCUGGGGCUCGUACAAAGAGCAUGCCUGGAUGGCCGACGAACUGACUCCCAUCUCUGGUGACAAGAGGAAUACAUUCGCAGGAUGGGCUGCCACUCUGGUCGACGCUCUUGACACGCUAUGGAUCAUGGGUCUCAAAAGCGAGUUCAACGAAGCCGUGGCAGCAGCAGUCUCCAUCGACUUUGCGUCUACAGACCAGGAUGAGAUUAACGUAUUUGAAACAACCAUUCGAUACAUGGGUGGUUUCUUGUCUGCAUAUGAUUUGAGCGCUGAUGAAAGACUUCUGGUCAAAGCAAAAGAACUCGGCGAGAUGCUGCUUCACGCCUUCGACACUCCCAAUCACAUGCCAAUUACUCGUUGGAGAGUCAUGGACGCUCGUAGAGGAGCCCCUCAGAAUGCCGAUCCGGUCACUUUAGUAGCAGAAAUUGGUUCACUAGUCAUGGAAUUUACCAGACUCUCUCAGAUCACUGGAGACCCUCGCUGGUUUGAUGCCACUCAUCGCGUCAUGAAACUUUUCGAAGAGCAGCAGUCAAAGACACACGUGCCUGGGAUGUGGCCAAUUCUUGUCAACGCCAAAGACAUGGAUCUCACUUGGCAUGACACUUUCACACUUGGAGCAAUGUCGGACUCCGCCUACGAAUAUUUGCCCAAGAUGCACGCGCUCCUUGGUGGACUGGAGCCAAUGUAUGAGAAAAUGUACCGCGAGGCCAUGAACGCCGCCAUCCGAUACACACUUUGGCGACCUAUGACACCUGAUAAUGCAGACAUCUUAAUCGCAGGAAUGGCUCAUGUUGAUCAGGACCACAAAGGUGGGCUUGACUUUCAGGGCCAGCAUCUCGUCUGCUUCGCUGGAGGCAUGUUGGCUUUAGGUGGAAAGCUUUUUAACGACCAAACUCACCUCGAUAUGGGCAGGAGGGUGACAGAUGGCUGCAUCUGGACAUACAAAGCCAUGCCUCUGGGAAUCAUGCCCGAGGUGUUCCACAUGGUCGAGUGUCCUACUAAUGAGCCUUGCCAGUGGGACGAGAAGGUUUGGCAUAAGGAGGUCAUGAGAAUGAAAGACGAUGGUGAUGGCAAGCUGGAAGAUGUUCAGAAGGUCAUAGCCGAAGAUCGUCUCCCUCCUGGCUUCUCACGUCUUGACGAUCGCAGAUACAUCUUGAGGCCUGAGGCAAUCGAGAGUGUCUUCAUCUUGUAUCGUAUCACUGGACGCAAAGAUCUACAAGAAACUGCAUGGCAGAUGUUCAAUGCUAUUCAAGAAAACACCAAGACGGCGUUGGCCAAUGGCGCGCUUGGGGAUGUCUCUAGAGAUGAUGGAAAGGUGACAGUCACGGACAGUAUGGAGAGCUUCUGGCUGGCUGAGACGCUCAAGUACUUCUACCUGAUUUUCAGCGAACCUGACUUGAUCAGUCUGGACGACUACACUUUCAACACAGAAGCACACCCUUUCAAGAUUCCAAAGUAA